AUGGAGCUUCUCUUUCAACUUGAGUUCAACAUCCACCAGCCCACGCCAACUCGCAGAAGCCCAAAACUCGAAGAGUCCAGUUACUCAAAACGCAGCGUAUCAAACUGCUCAGACCAGCUUGCGUUAAACCGGAAGAUUGAACCGGAAAUUAGUAUUACCAAGAGAACCGAAGAGUUAAAAGUCAACCGCAAAGGACCUUACCUAGGCUUGGUGACGGUCUUUGAGACCGAGGAAGAUGCUUUUCUAAGCAUUGUUGAUUUCAGACCCGAUCCUUCUCAUCCUUUCUUGGACCUCUCUGGAAGACGUUUUCGGAUUGGGAAGAUUCAGGGAAAGAAGGUUGUGUAUGUGAGAUGUGGAAUCGGAAUGGUGAACGCAGCAGCUGCUACACAGCAAAUGAUAGAUGUGUUCGAUGUGAAAGGAAUCGUGCAUUUUGGGAUUGCGGGAAAUAUAAACAACUCGAUGUCCAUAGGAGAUGUGAGCAUUCCUAAGCAAAUCAUGAAUGCUGGAUUGUGGGAUUGGCUGAAUCCAGGCAAAACAAAAGGAGACGAGGAUCCAGCAUACUUAGAUAUCAGAAACUAUAAUGUUCCAAAAGGAGAUGGCAAUAAUAUGUUAGGGAGUCUUGGAUAUAGUUAUGAGGAACUAUAUUCAAUCAAUGGUCACACCAACUCACCUCAAAAAGUGUUUUGGAUCAAUACAAAUCAAGAAUGGCUUCAUCUGGCAGCUGGUCUAGAGAGGAUAGAGCUCAAACAGUGUGUCAAUUCAAGUUUGUGUCUUCCAAAGAAACCUAAAUUGGUGGUUGGAUUAAAAGCAGCCACUGCUAACAUAUUUGUGGACAAUGCGGCCUACCGAAAAUUCUUAUACAAUACUUUUGGAGUUUCAUCCUCAGAUAUGGAGAGUUCUUCAGUGGCUAUGACAUGCGUGUCAAAUGGAUGUCCCAUAAUUGUAAUAAGGGGACUAUCAGAUUUAGCUGGAGCUCAAAAAGGAGAUAAUGCUAUUAACAAGUUUGGAUCUUUGGCUGCUACUAACGCUGCUAAAGCUGUUUUAGAGUUCAUUAAGAAGCUGCCACAAGCUUAG